GUUGACUGAGCUUUGACUCAAAGUUUGAGAAUUGGUAGUGACGAUUUUUGGCAUUCAACCGAAGAUACCUCAAGAAAAGUCAGAGAUUGCCGAAGAUUUGCAUUGCAAACGAAGUUGGCCGAAGGAGUCUUGACAAUGACAAGUGAACCACCAAGCACAAUACCAAAAGGGACAUCUUCCUUAGCAUCUCACAACCCCAACAUAGGGCACAAUACAAACAAACCACACCUGCAACCAAAAGUAUCCCCUGGUAAUCCAGGGCACCAGCAUACUGCAGAGAUGCAGAGUCUUGUCUCUACCCUGGAGAAUGCGAUAAAGAAAGGAGAUACUCUUCUCGCUCAAAAAAUUGUAUCAUUACUUGCUGGUUAUAGACUUAAUUUACAAAUGGAAGUUAAGGAUAAGCAAGGUGUAGAUGAUUUGGAUAAAGAAAUUUGGAUGAAAGUGUACAUUGAAGAUCAGAAAACCACAGUGGGUCCUAAAUCUAUCAAAGUUCAACCUUCAAUGACAAUAAAAGACUUAAAAAACAAAAUAUUCCUUGACUUUGAUUUCCCACCAGCCAUACAGCAAUGGAUAAUAGACAAAAAGAUUACUAAAGAUCAUAUGACACUUGCUGAAUGUGGUGCUAGAAUAGAUGAUUGCACAGUCUUCCUGUAUUUGUUAUCUGCCAAAUCUGUUGGCUUAAAGUGGGAGGCAGCAAGGAAACAAUAUGAAAGGCUUUCUGCAACUGGAAGCAUUGAUGAAGAGGAUCAAGACCCUGGUAAGACACUUCAAGGCCCAAUGAUAUCUCCACCUCCCAUAGCAGCACCCAGGAAGGUUGCUGGUACUCCUGGAGCAGAAGGGGGUCUUCCUGUCAAACCUCAAGUUCUAGCUGGUCAACAACAUAAGCUCGAUAACAUGUUGCAUGAGAUUGUGCAGGGGGCGGGUGCUCUCGUUGGGGCAGUGGGUGGUGCUGAGGGUGGUGCUGUGGGUGGCAUUGAUCCACCUUCUCUAGAGGUUGACCCAAAUCAGGAGGGAUGGGUGUGUGAAGUGUGCACAUACUUUAAUAGACCACUGAGGCCAGGAUGUGAAAUGUGCUCCACUGACAGACCCACAGAUUACAAGGUUCCUACAAACUACCGUCCAACAAGUGAGGAGAAACAAAUUCUGGAGAGUAUGCUGCGAUCAGAUGAACAGACUAAAAUGGCAGAGAUAACAAGACAAGAGAAAAAGCUGCGUGAACAGCAAGAGAAUCUAACCCAGUUACUCUCUACUGAUGAGAGGGACCUAAUAACAAACACAGAAGACUUCGAGUGCCUCAUAUGUUACAAUAUAGUAGAAGAGGGGGAAGGAGUUGUACUGAGGGAAUGCCUUCAUACAUUCUGCAGAGAGUGCCUAGAAGGUAUGAUAGAAGUCAGUGAAGAUGCUGUGAUAACUUGUCCCUUUCAAGACAACGAUUAUGCUUGCAAUGGUGUUCUCCAAGAACGGGAAAUAAAACAGCUUGUGCCUCCAGGAGUCUAUGAAAGACACCUCCAAAGGAGUCUGGCAACAGCUGAAGGCCAAGAGACCCACAGCUUCCACUGCAAAACUGCAGAUUGCAAAGGAUGGUGCAUCUAUGAAGAUGAUGUGAAUUUCUUCAAUUGUCCUGUGUGUGGCAAUCAAAAUUGUCUGACGUGUAAGGCAAUACACAAGGGCAUAAAUUGUAGGCAGUACCAGGAGGAUAUCAGGAUUAGGGCCGCCAAUGACAUAGCAGCCCAACAAACACAGAAAAUGCUACAGGAUAUGAUAACAUCUGGUGAGGCCAUGUACUGCCCUUCCUGCAAGAUUGUAGUCCUGAAGAAAGAUGGAUGUGACUGGAUAAAAUGCUCCAUGUGUAAGACAGAGAUAUGCUGGGUGACUAAAGGCCCUAGAUGGGGACCAGGGGGAUCAGGAGAUAUAAGUGGAGGCUGCAGAUGCAGGGUUGCUGGGCAACAGUGCCAUCCUAAUUGUAAUAAUUGUCACUAGAAUCAACAAGUGAAUUGAUAACAUGAGAGACAGUGAAACCAUGAUUGCUUUCAGGCUGUUUGACUUUUGAAAAAUAAAGAUUUUACAUAUUCAGGACUGCUGCAAUAGAAAUAUUAAACUCCUAUUUGGAAAGUAGAACUGGGGCAAUAUUUGGUGAAAACCCGGAGACUUUAAGGAGCAGGAAAUAAAAAAAUUGACAAUUGUCAAGACUUUGCCAUAUUUUGUGGUCACAGAGGCAUAACUAAUAUAACUUUACUUAAGGAAUAAAGACCGAGAGUCUAUUAUUUAUUCAUCUAGUAAUUGUGAUGUCACAUACUGUAGAUACACUUAAUUUGGCUCCCGUUUUAAUUUGACGGAAAGCAUGGUGGAU